AUGUAUUUACUUAAAAAACGGGAGAAAAUAAGGGAUCGUUGUAGUCUUGUAAUUAAAUUACAAACUGCAGGCUUAUUGUUAGAAUUAAAACUUUAUUUAACCAAAUUUUCAGACUCUCCCCCACCUUUAUCACAUCAUCAACGACAACAACAACCAAAAUCUACUACUACCCCAUUUCAUUUACCUCGACGUCCUUUUCUUCCUACACCAUUUAUUGCUUGGCCACCAGUGCCAAUUUCACCAAUAAAGCAUUCAUUAUCCUCCUCUCCUCGUCGAAAUAAAACAUCGCCUUUAAAUAAGCAGCAACAUUCCCCUCUCCGCCAAUUAUUACACGCUUCAUUGAAAGCUCGAAACAUCCUCUUAUCUCAAAAGUCGGGCACUAGCGGUGGUGAAUACUCAAGGUUUCCAGAAUCUGAAGAAGGUGGUGAUUCGGUAGAAGAAGAACAGCCGUCAACGUCAACUAGAAGGGCGACUAAGACUCGACAACCUCAACCCCAACAAAGACAAAUAUUGCAACAACGUAUACGACAUAGAUCUCGAAGCAUUUCUUUACGUCCUCUACCUUUAGUUUGUCCUUUGAUUUUUCAUUCCUCAUUUUUGGAGGCACACCAAUCCCAACAAAUGUGCACUUACAAACUUGAUGUUAUCCUCCAAAUGCCUGAACUGCCUUUGGAAGAGGCAGAAAAAUACGCCUGGAAUUCAGAAGAUCAUUCAGUCAAUGUUUAUGUCAAGCCUGAUGAUAAAUUAACAAUGCAUAGGCAUCCGGUUGCUCAAAGUUCGGAUGCUAUUAGGGCAAAAAUUGGAUUCUCCCGUGGUUUUCACGUUUGGCAAAUAAUUUGGCCCGUCCAUCAAAGAGGAACACACGCAGCAAUAGGGGUAGUAACAAAAAAGGCUUCUUUACGUGUUGCCGGGUAUUCCUCACUUAUUGGGAACGAUGAAGAGGGUUAUGGUUGGAAUAUUGUUGAUAAUAAAUGCUACCACGAUUCUGCUAACACAAAAGGAUGGGUUUAUCCAAUGCAACCACUUCAAAUAUCCAACGGUCAACGAGACCAGCAACAAAUUACCUCAUUCCAAACACCAGAAAAAAUUUAUUGUAUUUUGGAUAUGGAUGAAGGAAAAAUGUCUUUCGCUACAGAUUCAUCAUUUUUAGGAACUGCAUUUUGUGGAUUAAAAGGAAAAAAGUUAUACCCAGCAGUUAGCGCAGUAUGGGGACAUUGUGAAGUUACAAUUCGAUAUAUUGGAGGACUUGAUCGUGAGAUACUAAUUAUUUUUUAG